CCCGCCCCCUGAGCCCCCGGGCCCCGCUCCCUUCGCUCUCCGGUUUCCCCCCGGUGCCGCCAUGAGCGAGCUGAAGGACUGCCCGUUGCAGUUCCACGACUUCAAGUCGGUGGACCACGUGAAGGUGUGCCCGCGGUACACGGCCGUGCUGGCCCGCUCCGAGGACGAUGGCAUCGGCAUCGAGGAGCUGGACACGCUGCAGCUGGAGCUGGAGACGCUGCUCUCCUCCGCCAGCCGCCGCCUCCGUGUCCUGGAGGCCGAGACACAGAUCCUGACGGACUGGCAGGACAAGAAGGGCGACCGGCGUUUCCUGAAGCUGAGCAAGGACCACGAUGUGGGCACCUCUGUCAAGCACGGCAAGCCCAAGAAGCAGAAGCUGGAGGGCAAAGGGGGCCACGGGACGGGGCCUGGGCCUGGUAGACCUAAGUCCAAAAACCUGCAGCCCAAGAUCCAGGAGUAUGAGUUCCAGGAUGAUCCCAUUGAUGUGCCACGGAUUCCUAAAAACGAUGCUCCGAACAGGUUCUGGGCGUCAGUGGAGCCGUACUGCGCCGAUCUCACCAACGAGGAGGUCAGGGUCCUGGAGGAGCUGCUCAAGCCACCAGAGGAUGAGGCUGAGCACUACAAGAUCCCACCACUGGGGAAGCACUACUCACAGCGCUGGGCUCAGGAGGACCUGCUAGAGGAGCAGAAGGAUGGUGCCCGGGCAGCAGCUGCAGCUGACAAAAAGAAGGGUGUUCUGGGGCCACUGACUGAGCUGGACACCAAAGAUGUCGAUGCCUUGCUGAAGAAAUCAGAGGCCCAGCAUGAGCAGCCUGAGGAUGGGUGUCCCUUUGGGCCCCUGACACAGCGUCUCCUGCAGGCCCUGGUGGAGGAAAACAUCAUCUCCCCUGUGGAGGAUUCGCCCAUUCCUGAGAUUGCUGGCAAGGACUCAGGAGCCGACGGUGCUGGCACUUCUCCCCGCAGCCAGAACAAGCCCUUCAGCGUGCCCCACACCAAGUCGCUGGAGGGGCGGAUCAAGGAGGAGCUGGUGGCUCAGGGCCUGCUGGAGUCAGAGGACCGUCCCGCCGAGGACUCAGAGGAUGAGGUCCUGGCCGAGUUGCGUAAGAGGCAGGCAGAGCUGAAGGCACUCAGCGCCCACAACCGCGCCAAGAAGCACGAGCUGCUGCGGUUGGCCAAGGAGGAGCUGCACCGGCAAGAGCUGCGGCAGCGUGUCCGCAUGGCCGACAACGAGGUGAUGGACGCCUUCCGCAAGAUCAUGGCUGCCCGGCAGAAGAAGCGCACUCCCACCAAGAAGGAGAAGGAUCAGGCGUGGAAGACGCUGAAGGAGCGGGAGAGCAUCCUCAAGCUGCUGGAUGGGUAGCAGGGUGCUCAGGACAGGGCUGCACGUUGCUGCCGUCCCCUUAUUUCACAGACUGGAGUGGAGGCACCGUGAGGAGGAGGAGGUGCCCCUGUCCCCCGCAGGUUCCUGGCACGCCUGUGCUCUGCCUGGGAUCGCUGCGGGUUGGGGACAGCGGGUGCACGGUCCUGUGCUGUGACCCAGCGCUGCGACGUUUCACUGGGAGGCUGAGUCCUGCUCCUGGCCCAAGGGCACAGCUCCUGCCCACUGCCACCAAACCGCAGCUGGAGCACGGGGACCCGGUGACAGCAUUCCUGGGAAUAGCCGCCCUCUGGUUUCCGCUCCCGCGGUUAUUCUGGGCACCGGACCUCUGCCAGGCCUGGGCUGGGAGCUGUCCCGUGCCUCGCUGGCUCUGGGGACAGCCAGGGACACCGGUGUCGGGGGAGGA